CUUAAUUUCGAAUUCAUUUUUGCAUCCUAAGCUGUGAUGUCAUGGUUCUCAACAGCUAAUUGGCAAAAGCUCAUCUUUUGGCCGGCUCGUAUAAAUAUACUUUGAAUAAACAGAAUGCUCUCAGUUGGAAUUGAGCUUAGUGACUGGAAAGUGCAUCAUGAGAUCGUUUGUUUUGUUUAUUUUUGUUGUGGGCUGUCUGUUGUUUGCCGCGACAAAUGCGCAGCAGAAUUAUGAUGGGAGAAAUGGCCCUCAUGAUUUCGGAACACCUGGAAACGGGAUUUAUAUACGGGGUCAGAACGAAGGACCCUACACAGUACCUGGAGUGGAAGGUACCUUCCAAAGUUCACCCUCAAGUGGGCAACAUGUUUACACCGAUGAGCAUGGCAAUACUUACACUCAUUCAUCGAAGACAUCUGCCACGAGUUUGGCCUGUUCACCUCUGGGCUUCAGCAUGGGCGGUGUCCUCAUUUUGUUUUUCAGCUUAAUUACCAUUUAAUUGAUGGUCAAAAAUGUCAAUGUCCUAAUUAAAUAAUAAGGUAAAGCGCCCAUGACAACUCAUUUUUACUUUUGAACUAGUGUUUUUAAUUUAGUCUGAAUUCACAUAAUUUAUUUUGAAACCAAUUUGUAUCUUAUGUAUUUUCUCAUAUUCUGCACUGUUGAACUACUAAGCAAUAAAACCAAUGUCAUACAA